GAGAUACUAAGGUUUGGAGAAAAUAAGAUACUGUUGCCGUGUGGUUUGGUUUGGUUUGGUUUCUCAUAAAUAAAAAUGAUAUUUAAACCCAACUGCUAUAAGAACCAAACUCUUCACCAGAAUUCAUUCCUCUCUCUCUCUCUCUCUCUCUCUCUCUCUCUCUCUCUAACUCUUUUGAGUUUUGGAGCCUGUAACUGCGUGUUCCAUGGCCGCCACGAAGCUCAUCCUUCUAUCACUCUUCUUAGCCCUAGUUUUUACUCAGGUUAGGGCUGACGUUUCCGUCGGUGGAGAAAACGAGGUUGAUGGAUCCGUCGCCUCUGAUUCGUCCACUCACAAGAUCGAGUUCGAUGAACUAAAGUCUAAGAUCCAAGCUCUCGAAUCCCAAGUUGAGGAGAAAACCAAGGAACUGAAAGGGAAGAAUGAUUUGAUAGCAGAGAAGGAAAAAAUCAUUCAAGAGAAGUCAGAUAGCAUUUCAUCCUUGCAUGAUGAGGUUGCCUCCCUUCAGAAAAAAGGGACUGUAGAUGCAGAAGAGCAGGUCGGAAAAGCUUAUGCACGUGCUGGUGAAUUGGAGAAGCAGGUGGAAAAACUGAGAAAGGAAGUGGAAACACAAAAAAAGGAGAAGGAGGCUUUGAAAGCUAAGGCAAUUGAAGUUGAAAAGAAGUUCAACGAAUUGAGUUCAACAAUACAGAAUCUCCAGAAAGUUAAUGAGGAACAAAAAUCAAAAAUUCGGAAGAUUGAACGUGCUCUUAAAGUGGCUGAGGAGGAAAUGGUGAAGGCCAAGUACGAGGCCACUGCAAAAAUUAAAGAAUUAACAGAGGUUCAUGGUGCAUGGCUUCCACCUUGGUUGGCUGUUCAUUUGAUUCAGUGUCAGUCAGUUGCGGAGACUCACUGGAAGCUGCAUGGAAAACCAACCCUGGAACUUGUGAUCCAGAAGGCUCUAGAGAAAAAAUCUCAAGCGGAAAAGUGGGCUGAACCGCAUUUGGAGAAAGUAAAAACUAAAGUUAUCCCUUCGAUAAAGGAACAGUGGUUGGUGAUAAGGUCAUCUGCUGAACCACAUCUGCAAUUGCUCAGUUCAAAAACUAUUGAAGUUUAUGAGAUUUCGAAAAGUACAUUAGCUCCACAUGUCUUGAAAGCACAAGAAUUUGUUGAUCCAUACUUUCAGGAAGCUAAAAAGCACAGCAAACCAUAUAUUGAUCAGGUUGCUUCUGUGGCAAAGCCUCACGUUGAAAAAGCACACGAGGUUUUGAAACCCUAUACGAAAAAAGCUGUUCUUGCUUAUGGCAAGUUUCUACAAUCUGCAACGACAUACCACCACCAGGUUCAAGCCACUGUCAAAGAGACACUGAAAAAACAUGAACUGACAAAAGCUCUUGCUACUAAGGAGCUGGAGUGGUUUGCGGCCUCAGCUUUAUUGGCGCUGCCUAUCAUCAUUCUGUUCAGAAUUUUCACAUCCAUUUUUGGCAAAAAGACAAAGAAACCAGUUAGAAAUGGUAAUGCCCACCAUUCACGUCGUAAAGCUAAAAGGGGACAUUCAGACAAGUAGGCAAGGGCUUGAUAUUUCACUAAUAUCACGGUAAAUUUGUGCUCUACUGAAGGGUUUUUUGUGGCUAUUGUAUCAGUCAAAAGUCUAUGCCAGCUUUCUCCCCUUUUUGUGAAAAAAGUUUUAGCUUACUUUAUCACACUACGCAAAUAGACAUAAUGGUGAGAGUUUAGAAGUUUUGUGUGCUAGUUUAUGUUAUUUUGCUAAAAUGUGUAAUUUUAUUUUUUAUUCUUACACAUACACAGAACUAAUAUCAUUUUCUCUAUUUAAGUUUCACAACAUCUGUGGUGGUUUUAUUUUAUGUUAGGAGGUGGGAAUUAGGAUUAACUGUGUAAUAUCUUCUUUACAGAACUAGGUAAUAAUAAUAAUAUCAAUACAUACUCUA